CGGGGAACUAUGAACUCCUCGCCUUCGGUUGAAUUGAGCGCCCAGAACUGAGAAAGGGAGGAGGAUGGAGGCGGAUUGGAGGAGGCGGCGUUGGGAGGCGGGGAAGGACAGCCAGGCAAGAUGGCGGCAGCCGAGGCCUCGUCGCUUUCCCCUCCGCCGGGGCGCUGCUCCUUCUUCGUGGAGCGGAAAAAGCGCUUCUGCAAGAUGGUCCCGGCCCAAGGGAGGCGCUUCUGUGGGGAGCACGGCGUCCACGAGGAAGAAAAAAGCAGAAAACGAAUUCCCUGCCCUUUGGAUCCAAAGCAUUUCCUUUUCAUUUCUGUAUUUAGCACUGUGUAUGAAGAUCAGCUACAGAAACACUUGAAGAAGUGUAACUCAAGAGAGAAACCAAAGCCUGUCUACUUUGCCCAAGACAUUAAUGCAGGACCGAAAGAUGCAACUGAAUCGCUUGAAGAAGAGCAAGUUUCAAUUUCUGCACUAUCUAAAGAAGAGUUAGAAGACCUAAUUAGAAAGCUAAGAAGAGCAAGUACCAGUAUAAGUAAUGUAAUUAAGGACCAAAUCCUCUGUCAUCAGGCCUUACAAAAUGCUUUGAGUGACCCCAAAAAUGGAGAUGCAGCUACGAAGCAUUUGAAGCAACAGGCCUCUAUAUUAGGCAACAUGGAAAGACUGGAAUUACUUCGACCAGGAAACUGUUUUGUUGAAUUUGGAGCCGGUCGGGGAAAGCUGUCCCAUUGGGUAGAUACAGCUUUACAUGAUGCUAAAAAUGUCCAUUUUCUUCUUGUUGAGAGGGCAGCUACAAGGUUCAAGGUAGAUGGGAAGCACAGCAGAAAUAGUUUUGAAAGGCUUCAAGUUGAUAUACAGCAUUUGUGUUUAAAUAAGGUACCUGUUCUUGCAAAAGAAAAGCUGCCUGUCGUAGGAAUUGGAAAACACGUGUGUGGUGCUGCAACAGAUCUUGCACUGAGAUGUUUAGUUGAAACGUAUGCAAAACACUACGAUAACAGAGAGGAAGACCCUGCGCCAAAACGCUUGAAGACUGAUGAAACCAGUGAAACAUCUUUUUGUCCUGAUGAAACCUGUACCAAUUCUGUGAGUGAGAACUGGAGUCCUGUGGCUGGAAUUGUCAUUGCAUUGUGUUGCCAUCACAGGUGUGAUUGGAAGCAUUAUGUUGGCCAGGAGUUUUUUACAGCAGCAGGACUUGGGGCAACUGAAUUCAAUUAUUUUAGAAGAAUGGCAAGCUGGGCGACAUGUGGCCUGAGAGAGACUGCUAGGAGAGACACUGCAACCAAUGGAAAGAAUGAAGAGCAAAGCAAUGAAGCAGAAGAACAUGAAGAAGAUGACAAUAGUGCUGACAGCAAUUGGGACAGUCUUCAAGGACUCUUUACUGCUGAAGAGCGGAAACAGAUAGGUCGUCGUUGCAAACUGUUGAUCGAUCACGGUCGGAUUGAAUAUUUACAGCAGAGAGGUUACAAAGCUGUUUUGCAGCGCUAUACAGACCUCAGUGUUUCUUUAGAAAAUGUCCUUUUGACAGCUGUGCCAUGCCAGUCUUAAUUGCCUGCCUCAACUGCUAAAAAGUGGGCGAAAUCCCGGUGUUUACUAUUAGACACAUGCAGUAAUGUAGCAAUAGAACCAAACGGCUCUAAAAAUCUAAGAUCCAGUAUUUUGUUUACCAGAUUGUUUUUAUAAUCUACUCUGGUAACAGAAGAAGAUGAAAACACCUGCUUAUUCCUCAGAAAACAACCUGAUAUUUUGGUUAAAGAGAAUAUAGCUGUCACUCAGUCAUUUUUUGCUUGGGAGAACUGAAAGCUGCCUUCCAAUAACAGCGAAAACCCAAAUUGGCAGAGAAUAUUUUUGUCACUUGUUAGCAGUAUCAGCAGCACCACUAGCACCAAUUCCAACAUCACUUUCCAUGUCUGAAAAGGAGAAAAAACAUAAUGGGACAAAUACACAUGCAAAGAAACUUAUAUUUAUAUUUUUAAAUAUAGAUGUUUAUUUAUUAUUUUAUCUAACUUCUUCCUUAUACCUUUUGUAAGCCUUUUUGUACGUGAUUUUAGCUGCAUUUGAACUCCACUUCUGUAUAGAAUUAUUAAAACACUUCUGUUGAA